UUAUAAAAAUCGAAAUUGUAGUUUAUUUUAAUUUAUCAACAUUAAAUAUCAUAUACUAACUGACUUUGUGUUUAAUUGACUUUGCCAUGCGGGCAUAACUAACACGGCAGCACCCAUAAAUAAUUAACCGUAACUACUCGUUGGGUGUUGUUGGUGUUGUGUUGAGGAAUUGCUUGGAAAAAGACACGAUGGAGUACGGUAUUGGGAUUACGAACCGGUACGCCUUUUUGGAUGAUGAUGUCGCCGACAUUGUCGUGGAGCGGAAGAAGCCGGCUCCUGCCGUCGUUCCAUCGGUGAAAAACAAAAAGAAAGUUCUGGAUAAGAGUAAUAACAACAACAAGAAGGUUGAUAAGCUCCCUCCUCCAAAGGAGAACCCGAAGGAAAAAGAGGUGGACAAGAAAGCCGUAGCAGGUGUCCCCCCUCAAACCGAAGGGCGCAACAACUCUCCACGUCGAUUUUACGAUAGAGGUACUCGUAUCUUUUUUCGAGGAAAUCGCAAUGCUCGGGGAGAUGGCGACCGGGAUAAGGAAAAUUACGAAGGGGAUUCUCGGGGAAAUUACCAUCGUGGAGGAGGUGGAAAUCGAGGUGGCCGGGGUGGGUAUGGGUACCCUGCUGGACAAACUUCAAUGCUUGGAGACGAUUGGGGCGAGGGUGGUCCCACUACUACUGAGCCACACCGAGAAUAUGGGUAUGGAGGUGGUCGAGGGGGCCGUGGUGGUGGUCGUGGAUUUGGACGUGGGGGCAGUAACAACUAUGGAUUCACUCGCCGACGAGAUUUUGAUCGUACUUCAGGAUCAGACAGAAGUGGUGUCAAGUCAAUGGAUAAGCGAAAUGGUGCUGGGGCUCACAAUUGGGGAACAUACAAGGAUGAAAUGUGCAAUGUUCCACAGCCUCAGUCCGACGAACUGAAUUUAAAUGGUGAAGGAGAGGUGGACCCAUUUUCAACGGAAAAUGGUCAAGGGGACAAUGCUGGACUAAACAACAAUGGAACGAAUACUGAAACAACUGAAACUGAAAGUUGGACUCAACCAUCAACUGAAAAUGAUUUGGAUAUGCAUGGGCUGGAGUUUGAAGACAAGGAAGAAGAAGAGCCCAAAACGAUUACUCUUGACGAAUGGAAAGCGAUGCAGCAACCAAAGCCAUCUCCAAGCUUCAACAUCCGUCAACCUAAUGAAGGAGAGGAUCCUACGAAAUGGAAGAACUUGGUUCUGAAGAAGAAAGAAAAUCUUGAUGACAGUGAUGAAGUGAUCUAUGAAGAGGAGGAUAUUUGGGUUCCUCAACGAGCAGGACGGCAGAAACUAAUCACGGGUGCUGAUGUUGGAUUUCAUUUUGCUCGAGAGGACCGAGAAGAAAAGCGAAUUUUCCGUGGUAGGGGCGGUGGGGGUUACAAAGAAUCCCGUGAGCGUAGUGCAAAUGGAGACGGGGAUUCAGAACCGUCUGCUCGAGGUACUGGAUACCGUGGGCGAGGUCGUGGCGGUCGUGGGGGCCGUGGCGGGUCUCGAGGAGGAUUCCGUGGUGGUAGAGAGCAGCAAGGACCACGUGAUGUCCCACGAACUGAUGACCUACGUGAAUGGCCAAGUUUAAUAUGUUGAAUGAAAUCUCUUGUGCUAACUGCAACAUUUGUGCUUAGAUUAUCUUAACUAAAAAUUUUCCUAAUUGCAAUAACCAACUAUAUAAAAUGUUUUGAAACAUAUAUAUCUAUAAUUUAUUCGAUUGAAGCUCUAAACUAUGUCCAACCCAUAAAUAAUUCUACUUUGCCCAACCAUUUUUACAUGGUUAAAUUCAUUUAUAGAAACAAGUUGUCAUUAUCUCUCGUUAGCAGUUAGAUUUUAUACACUUCAAUGAACAACAGUAGUGUAGAUUUAUUAACUUCAACAAUAAAUCAGAUCAAUACAAAACAAAA